CUUUCCCUUAACUCUAGCAUCGAAAUUAAUAUUAUGGCACGAUAAGUGGUGUGUGUUCAUCUCGGAUAUCUUGUACUCCAUGAGCAUGCGAUACUCGUCUAUCGACAAUGUAUUGACACCUGAUGCCUUCCUGCACAAUUCAGAAGAUCCAUACGUGGGUACGACCGUUGCUAUGGGUUGGAUCUGUACUCUCUUCACUACUUGCUCCUGCCUGCUUCGGCCACAUAGACUCUCCACGGGCCGUGGAGAUGCGCGGGGUGGUGCCGCAUUAUUCUUGCGCUGUCUAACGGAUAUCUUCUGCGACGGAUUUGGCGAUUGUACUUCGUCUGACCCCGAAUUUACGCAACUAAUGGGGCUAGACUUCAAUCCAUUCUGCACCGACUUACAGCGAUUGAAUAUGGGUUUAAGUUGAGGAGAGUGCCCUGUCUAACCGCUGGACUUCCGCCGAACAAUACUGUUAAGAGAAAAGUUCGAAUUGCCGCAAAACGGAUCUUUUUUAGGGUUGUUACUAUUUGUUGUUACCCUCCCUUGCUUAUCUUUCCGGAUAAGUGCUUGUAAAGUAUUUGUGUACAAUUUAACGCCCUCGGCCGCUGAAGGGGUUGUGAUAUUGUUUAUGGAGUGAGCAUUUAUUCCUAUACUGACCGGAAAUCUGGUGUGUGCUGUUAGAGCGAUGCACCUGUGUGGGUGACUUUUUCGACACUUCGCUGAGAACAUCAGUUUGAAAAGAUACAGUUCUCCGUACAUUACAUCUUUUUUUCUUCACACAUCCAUCUAUUUUGUUGAACUCAACUUUGGGCAAGUUUGGCAGAAGACCGUCUGCCUUUUCAAUGUUCAAGGCAGCGCUUAGACUGUCUAGAUGAUCAAACAACAUGAUAUUCAAGCUAUAAACUCAUGAGCUGUCC